AUGAGCGGCGAGGUUGAUGAUAAGGCUUUCCGCAAGCUUGAGUAUUAUUCCCUUGUUUCGAAGGUAUGCACUGAAUUGAACAAUCAUUUAGGGCUAGAAGACAAGGCUUUGGGUUCGUAUCUUGUUUUAUUUAUCUUGGUUUCAGCUGAGUUUGUUAUUCAUUUGGCCAAGAAGAAUAAUACAUUCGAUAGCUUUAAGGGAGCACUUGCUAAGCAUGAUGCGGAGUUUUCAGAUGCUCUGAUUGCUAGUAUUCUUCGAUUAGUGCAAAAAAUGCUUCCAAAGUCAUUGAAGAAAGCUUCGAAUAAACCUCGAGAUGAGCCAUCUAAGCAAGAGAGAACCGCUGUUGAGGAUUCUGUGAAAGCUGAUGCUGUGACCAGGAAGAAGUUAGUUCCUGCUCUUUGUCUUCCGGAUGAGUCAGCGGAGCAGAUGGACCGUAGACUUCGUGACGGUGACCCUGAGGCUAGUAGUCCUGGUGUAUUUCCACAGUCUGAAGAAGUUGCAGGUUGUAAAUUGGAUGGUCCUGAUACGGAUGCGGCUAAUAUGAUGCGGAACCUUGAGGCUCUUUUAGGCGAUUGCCGUAAAGAGGCUGAAUCUGCGCAGAGAAGACAAAAUCCUGCCUCACCAAAGCGACGGUAUGUCGCAAUUAUGCGUAACCAUAGGUUUUUCAGUGGUUCUCGAUCUGUUCAUCCAUCCUCCCAUGGUGAUCAUCGGCGUUGGAGUCCACAUCGACGUUCACGUCACGAUUCAAGGUCUUCUCGACAUAAUGAAUCCCCGAGUCAUCGGAGCAGCCGUCGCGAUCGAUCCCGUGAUCUUGACUGCAGAUCCAGGAAUCGUGAUAGAUCAACAUCAUUUUCGUCUUCUCGACGCAUUCGUCCUAAACUCAAAUCCGAACUUCCAAUGGAGCCCGUCGUUGGAAAGGUCUUCCCGGGUCGAGUCACCAGCGUUCUAGCUUUUGGUGCUAUCGUUCAGCUCGAGGGACUUCAGAAGCGAUGGGAAGGCCUGGUUCACGUCUCGCAAUUACGUCGGGAAAGUCGUGUUGGCAGUGUUAGUGAUGUUGUACAGCGUCAUCAAAAGGUUUAUGUCAAAGUUCUGUCCUUCACUGGAACUCGGACCAGUCUGAGUAUGCGUGAGGUCGAUCAAGAAACUGGCGAGGACCUGAAUCCAUCUUUAUCCACUGCGACUCUGUCCGACAUUAGGCUAGGUGAUGAGGCUAGCAGGCUUGAGGGGAGCAGUGGUAUGAAUGAUGAUGGUGAUGAUUUUGGUGGGCGCAAUCCUGACAGACCAUUUGAAGAGCCUUCUUCCAUGAUGGGUCUUCGAAGGGAGGCCCUGGAGGAUGAUUUCGGCCCGAAGAGGAAGAUUCAGCGUAUAAGCUCUCCAGAACGCUGGGAGUUUAAGCAGAUGAUAAGUGCUGGUGUAAUAGAUAAGUCCGAGUUGCCGGAGUUUGACGAGGAGACGGGUCUCUUGCCUAGGGAGGAUGAUGAAUCGGACGAAGACAUUGAAAUUGAGUUGGUGGAAGAGGAACCACCCUUUUUGAAGGGUCAUGGCCGCCACGCUAUGGAAUUGUCCCCUGUGAGAAUCGUCAAGAACCCAGAUGGUUCCUUGCAGCAGGCUGCCAUGAUGCGUCAAGCACUCCAGAAAGAGCGUCGAGAGGAAAAACAGCAAGAGCGUCAAAAUCAACUUAGUACUGAACGUGCCACCGCUCACGAGCGUAUGGGCAAGGAAUGGCAAGACCCUAUGGCAGCAGCAAUGGGAAGUAAGCCCGUGACUCAGACCAGUCGCGCAUCUGACCAAUUCAAGGAUGUGCCCGAGUGGAAGAAAGCGGUUCAUGGUGCAAGCACUCGAACCGGAGCUAUAGGGAAAAAGAUUGUUCGAUCGAUCAUCGAACAGCGCCAAUCUUUGCCCAUCUACAAACUAAAGGAUGAACUGUUGAAGGCCAUCGAGGAGAACAAGAUCCUUAUUGUGAUUGGUGAAACAGGCAGUGGAAAAACCACACAGAUCACCCAGUACCUCGCCGAGGCUGGUUAUACCACAGCAGGGCGCAUCGGAUGCACCCAACCCAGGCGCGUGGCCGCUAUGUCUGUCGCCAAGCGGGUAUCAGAAGAGUUUGGAUGUCGGCUAGGUCAGGAGGUCGGUUACACUAUCCGUUUUGAGGACUGCACCACACCCGAGACGAAGAUAAAGUACAUGACGGAAGGUAUGCUGCUUCGAGAAUGCCUUAUUGAUCCUGAUCUCUGCCAGUACUCUGUCCUCAUGUUGGAUGAAGCCCACGAGCGCACCAUUCACACAGACGUGCUAUUUGGUCUCUUGAAGAAGGCCAUUAAGAAGCGCGACGAUUUCAAACUCAUCGUGACCUCAGCUACCUUGGAUUCAGUCAAGUUUUCACAGUACUUCUUUGAGGCGCCUAUAUUUACGAUUCCUGGCAGAGCCUUUCCUGUCGAAAUUCUUUACAGUCUGGAACCCGAAAGUGACUACCUCGAUGCGGCGCUCAAUACUGUCAUGCAAAUCCACCUCACAGAGCCUCCUGGUAAUUCACUACGCUACUUAUUAUCGAUUGGUGUCGGACUAACGAAACCUGUUUUCGAUAGAAGUGUUUUUAGCAUGAGAACGAAUACUCGUGAUGUACUCCGCAUUACAGGUGACAUUUUGGUCUUUCUGACCGGUCAGGAGGAGAUAGACUCGGCAUGUGAAAUUCUGUAUGACCGCAUGAAGGCGCUAGGUCCUGAUGUGCCUGAGCUCAUCAUUCUGCCGGUGUAUGCGGCGCUGCCCUCGGAGAUGCAGUCGCGGAUCUUCGAUCCUGCUCCACCAGGUAGUCGGAAGGUGGUCAUCGCCACCAACAUUGCAGAGACAUCCCUCACCAUUGAUGGUAUAUUCUACGUCAUUGAUCCUGGCUUUGUCAAACAAAAGGUCUACAGCAGCAAGUCUGGGAUGGACCAACUUAUCGUCACGCCCAUUUCUCAGGCUCAAGCAAAGCAACGUGCGGGAAGGGCUGGCAGGACGGGGCCAGGCAAAUGCUAUCGUCUCUAUACGGAGCGUGCUCAACGUGAUGAAAUGCUCUCCACAAACGUGCCGGAAAUUCAGCGCACUAACCUCGCCAGUACUGUGCUUCAACUAAAAGCUAUGGGCAUCAACGACCUCCUUUCUUUUGAUUUCAUGGAUCCUCCUCCUCUUCAGACUCUGGUGGCUGCAAUGGUUACCCUUCACGCUCUUUCUGCACUUGAUGAUGAAGGUCUGCUCACCCGUCUCGGACGAAGGAUGGCUGAAUUUCCCCUUGAGCCAAUGUUGUCAAAAAUGCUGAUCAUGUCUGUCCAGCUUGCCUGCUCGGAGGAGGUUCUUACCAUUGUGUCUAUGCUCUCUGUUCAAAAUGUUUUCUAUCGGCCUAAGGAGAAGACGGAAUUGGCGGACCAGCGAAAGGCCAAAUUUCACCAGCCAGAAGGUGACCACCUUACCCUACUAGCGGUUUACAAUGCGUGGAAGAACAACAAAUUCUCAGCACCUUGGUGCUACGACAAUUUCGUGCAAGCUAGAACGCUUAAACGGGCACAAGAUGUGCGGAAACAGCUUCUUGGUAUCAUGGACAGACAUAAACUCGCUGUACUUUCGUGCGGAAAGAAGACUGCUCUUGUGCAGAAGGCCAUCCUCUCAGGUUUCUUCCGUAAUGCGGCUAAAAAGGAUCCACAGGAGGGCUACCGCACACUAGUGGAUCAGCAGGUGGUCUACAUUCAUCCCUCCUCCUCCCUUUUUAAUAGACAACCCGACUGGGUAGUCUACCACGAAUUGGUGAUGACAACGAAGGAGUACAUGCGUGAGGUCACCACUAUUGACCCGCGGUGGCUGGUGGAGUAUGCGCCUAAGUUUUUCAAGUUUGGAGAUCCCACCAAAUUGUCGAGAGCAAAGAAGUCUAUGCGCAUCGAACCGCUCUACAACAAACAUGAAGAGAAGGACUCCUGGCGAAUCUCUCGAGUUCCUCGCAAGUUCCACGUCAAGGUCACCUUCUAA